GUCGAUAAAAGUUGUAUUUAUUUAUUCGGUCAUCGUGUUCGGUGUUGGUCAAUGUCGGUGUCCGCGCUGUCAUAUUCCAGUAGGUGCGAUAAUUAUCGUCGUAACGACAGCAGGUUUCGGCAAUUAAUGAGCGCUCACAAUCAAAUCAGACGCAUAUCCAUGCACUAAUUAUCAUCACCAAACACGCAUGGACAACAACAACUUCGACAGUGAACGCUGCGAUAUUUUCGAAGGGUCCAAAUAAAAUCAUCAUAUGGAUAACAUCCAAUUAAAAUAAUUAAUUGCACCUGUACCGCACAUAAUAAGCACGUUUGAAUCGACGCCGUAAUUAGAUUACAACAUAUCUCAUCAACGCCGGUGCCAAUACGAGAUAAUUGCAUCGCAGAGAAUAGGAUAUCGUAAACUACCGUAUUCGACUAAGUACGCAGCAAAGCUUAUUCCAUAAGCUUGUAUUAACCUCGCAUAAUUUGAAUGCAAAUGACCGACAUUGGCAUUGAUAUAUUCUCCGCAUUCUACCUGCGCGCCGAUGCACUUGAGACCCCGGCAAGAAUUAAGCUCCGUUUCGAGUGCCACCAACACUACCAGUUCUGCUAAUUACCCACCCAUGUCCAGACCAGUUUUGCACUACCUACUUACCUAGCUAUUAACGCAUCAAACAUGUAACGGCGAAUAUUUCGCACGGGAAUCAUUAUUGACUCGACCGACGCGAAACACUCAUCGUGUUGUAAUUUCGUGAAUAAAACAAACAAAGUGAAGAAGAAGACGUGCGACUGUACAAUGCGUGAUUGUUAAUAAAUGCGUAGUGUUUGCGUGUGAUUCCAAUGGAAUUGCGCAGUGUGAGUGGUCAGAGUGGCACGGAUUGUUCGGAUAGUCAAGCAGUUGACAACGGCGUCGGCCAAGUGAACUUUUACUGCGUUAGCAGCGUUUCGGUUGAUCGUGAUGAACGAAGAAAGCGAAGCGCUGCCGUCGAAGUAGGUAAACGGACUUUUCGAAUUCAUUUGCAUACCUACUAACACAGAGUCAAGGCAAGUCAAACAACAAACACACGACGUGAAACUGUGCUAUGGAAACGAUAAUAUUUGGUGAUAUUUGUGAAAUAAAUGCAAUAAAUUAGUGCGAAAUUCAAUAAAAUCAAUGUGAUUACGCGCGCAGCGACCAAAACGAUGCGCGAAUCGUUUAGAUUUAGACAUGACGAUUGUGUUUGCAAACAGGAACUUUUAUCAUCAAACAUUGACGAGAAUUUACACACACAUUCAGCGAUUAAAUGUGGAAGAUUACAUAUUAAAGUGAAUUAUUUUUAUAUCGUAUUAAUCAUGAUUUUAACGACGUGUACAGCACGUCCACAUAACACAACCAUAGUUGAUUCAUCACCCCAUAAAUUAAUUCAUUCUGGGGCUAAAAAUGACAGCAAUCAUUCACAGGAGCGUACGAGAAUUCUUACAUUUCCACGACGUCCAACGUCGACGAAUGCGCACGAUGAAAACGAUUAUUAUCAACCUGAUAUAGUCUUUCCGGAUUCACUGGAGAGUUUCAGCAGUGGGCAUGUGUCGUUUGAGCCCAUGACGCGCAUAGAUGUCACACCUGAGUGCGCCGCUAAUGGCGGUACAUUUUGCGAGGAUAUUCCUGCGUAUCCUUAUAAGUUGUUGCGUGAUGUACUUAGCCGGAGUAAGAGUGCUGCCGCUGACAGCGUGCUCUUCGGUGCGGACGAAACGCCCGAUGAGUUUGCGCAGCGGAUUGGUGAGCCGGAAGAGAACUACAUCUGCGGCGCCAUUGAUAAGACGGUUUUUCCCAAAGCCGGGAAGAACAAGAACAACAAGUGGAAGUAUAUUAUUAAUCAGGGAUCCAAGGACGGAUAUGUGCAAGGUGUACGCGUUGAAUUGUGCACAUCCACUGGAAAACCUUGUGAUCUGUUUGGACACCAACCAAACGGAUAUGUGACGUCGUGUAAGCAGAAGUUCAUUUAUCGGAAGAUGAUGUCGCUCUCAGAUGGUGGUCAACCGCUUCCCGACACAUUCCUGAUGCCGUCAGCGUGCUGCUGUUCGUACAAGCGUGACAAUCGCUUCCUGGCGCGCAUCGGGGAGGCGCCGGUGACGCCCGCUUAACAGAAAUGAUAACAAUCAUUUAAUUUCCAUUGAAAGCUUUAAUGUUUUGCUCCUGCCAAUUUCAUAGAUUGUAUUAUAAGUUUUACAAUAAUUCGUUUAACAAGUGUGAACAAUUCGAUUGAUUAUAUAUGGUGAUAAGAUAGUUACAAGUUAUUGAGUUUAAAUUUUGUAUUUUAUAUGUUUAUUAUUGCUUGAUUGCCAGCGAGGACAGAUGUGGAAUAAAUGUUAACUAUAAA